AUGACUGGUUUGGAACGUAGAGUUGCUUUGGUGGAUAUCUUAAAUAAGCCAUGUGGAACUCGAAUGCCUUUGAAAAAGGCUCCACCAUCCCCCAUGGACAUUUCAGGCUGCAUGUCUGAAGAGCUACAUGAAGCUUUCUCUAAAGAAAUCUUGCCUGUUGAAGAUGUUGAUAUGAAUGAUGGCAACAAUCCAAUGCUAUGUAGUGAAUAUGUUAAAGAUGUCUACAAAUAUUUAAGAGAACUUGAGACAAAACAGGCAGUGAGACCAAACUAUUUGAUGGGACAAAUGAUAACUGGAAACAUGCGUGCUAUCCUAAUUGACUGGCUUGUGCAAGUUCAGAUAAAAUUCAAGUUGCUACAAGAAACUAUGUACUUGACUGUGUCAAUCUUGGAUAGAUUUCUUCAGGAUAAUCCAGUAACUAAGAAGAAUUUACAACUUGUUGGUAUAACAGCAAUGUUUGUAGCUUCAAAAUAUGAAGAGACCUAUCCUCCAGAAAUUGGGGACUUUGUUAUUAUUGCUGAUGAUGCUUAUUCUAGUGCUCAAAUACGACAAAUGGAAAGGUGGAUUUUGAAGAAACUUGACUUUUCUCUGGGUAAACCACUUCCACUGCACUUCCUCAGAAGAGCAUCAAAAGUUGCAGAAGUUAGCACUGAACACCACAUUCUGGCCAAAUACCUGAUGGAACUGACAAUGGGGGAUUAUGAGAUGGUGCAUUACCCUCCUUCCCUGAUUGCUGCAGCUGCCUUCCAUCUUGCUCAGAAAGUCUUUAAUUAUGGUAAAUGGACUCCCCUCUUGCAGCACUACAUCUCCUAUCGAGAGGAUGAAUUACUUCCUGUUAUGCAACACAUGGCUAAGAAUGUUGUGCAGGUUAAUAACCAACUCACCAAGCACAUGACAGUUAGAAACAAGUAUGCUAGAAAAAGCCAAAUGAAGAUCAGCACCAUCUUGCAACUGACAUCUGUUUUCAUCUUCAACUUGUCAAAACCACUAAUGCCCUCCUCAAACUGUUUCAGUCUUUAA